AAGAUUAUUCUUAUUUUUCUACCCAAUCGCAGUUUAGAGAAAGUCAAAAUGGGAAAUAUCUACACUAAAAUGAAGAUAGCGGGAACAUUAUUGUGUGUAUCGGGGCAGUAACUAUGAGCAUUUUUAAGAGCGCCACUCAGAUUACUAACGUGGAAAAUAUAAUAUUAGAUUCAGACAAAAUUAUCGGUUGCUUGUAUCUUGUCGCAUCUUCAGUUUCCUUGUCUUUCGCCAUCGUUUUGCAGGCUUUAAUUCUUAUUGAGUAUCAAGCACCAGUUUCACUAUGUGCAAUAACAGCGAUUAUAGGAGUGUUCAUAGCAUCUUUAAUAGAAUUGGUUACAAAUCAUAAAGUUGAGACUGGUUUGUUAAUGGUUAACUCCAUUGAAUUGAUUGGUUAUUAUCUGCUGGUGGGAACAAUUAAUGGAUCCAUGAUUAGUAUCACUUUGUGGGCAAUGAAGAAGAAAGGGCCAGUGUUUGUUUCCAUGUUUUCUCCACUCUCAGCUGUUAUAUUAGCCUUUGUCUCAUACUUCACCUUGGGAGAAACCUUUUCAAUUGGAAGCCUUGUUGGGAUGUUCAUCAUGUUCGCCGGACUGUACUUCUUUUUAUGGGCUAAAGGAAAAGAAGAGGAUCCAUGUGAAGUAGACACCAAAGAUUUGACAAUUGAGAAUGAUAUGGAAAAACCUUUAAUAUCGUAAAUAAGGUUUCUGUUGAAUUUAUUGU